CAGACACUGGUUUGGGGUGGGUUUUUUUUUAGAGCAGGAAGUGUGGCCAGACAGUUUGUUCUACUCCAGCUUGGGAUGCGGAGGCCAAGGCUGGCACGAUCAGAAGAGGCCCGAUCACAUAGAAACAGAGCAGGAGCGCGGCGCCGACGCCCAAGGCGACCCCCAGCAGCACAGCGGGAGCCAGCAAGCCGGGAGCCAGCUGCAAGGCUUCCACCCAGAACUGCAGCCUGAUCUCCCCGCGGCAGGGCCCCGGCGGCGCCUCGCCAGCAGCAGAGGCCAUGAACGAGCCCGCAGUGAGAACUCGAGGCGGGGGCAUCAGCUCCGCUUGGGACGGGGGAGGGGCCCUGGGCUAGGACCCAGAGCAGCGCCCGCGUGGCGAGCCCAGGGCAUCCCGGCUCCCUGCGGGCCGAGUUCGCGGCUGGGGACCGGGAGCCCAGGGCCGGGGGGGAGCGGCCCCCCACCCCUCCCGGGCCGGGAGGAGAGCGAGCGCGGCUGGAGUCGAUCGCGGCAGAUCUGUGGCUCGGCAGCUCGGCCUGGUUUGGAGCCGGACCCCAGGCUGGAAAGAAACUUUCUCCAGGCCAGUAACGCGGCAGCGGCGGCCGCGCUCCACUGGGGGCUCCUGCGCCGGCUGCUCCCCCCGCGCCUGUCUCAUGCGAGCAGCGGCUCCAGGGGGGCUCCGCGCCCCGCCGGGGGCUGUGCUGGCAGCCGGCUACUUCGUGCGAGUGCUGCUGCUGCUCCCGGCCCGGGCCUCCCCGGCGGCGGACCCCCCUGGCCUCGGCCAGCAUCCGCCCCCUUGCAAAGACAUCGCCGGGAGCCGCCCGGUGCACGGAGCCCCCCCUCCCCUCGGGGCCGGGCACGGGGUCUCGGUGGCCCUUGCCGCUGGCUCGCGGUUUCCUGCCCCCGAGGAGUCUCCCCGCCUCCCGAGCGGCGGGCGGUGCAGCCAGACGGCAGCCCAGAUCCUCAAUAUAUUAGCCUCCACUCCAAACCUAACCACUCAGCACUGACCAAACCAUCAUUUGCCAGAGGGGAAAAAAAAUCAAUGAUUACAUAUAAGGUUGUUACAGAUAAGCAAGGGAUUCAAAAAAAGAGAGACUGCUUCGGUAUGACAGCUGUAGAAUUACCGGGAACAGGAUUAAAGGGAACAAAUGAAGGCCAUGAUCUGUUUUUGACUUCCGCAGCACCAGAUGUUCAUGGGAUCCAUUCACUGUUUGCCUUGAUCCCCUCGUGGACAAAGAAGAUUUUGUUCAAACGAGAGUCUACCAUUAACCAGCAGCUGCUGGAAGGUGUGCCAAGAAUUUCAGUGUCUUCUGGGUAUGGGAUAACUCUUCAGAAAUGUGCAGUGGUGGCUACUGAACAUGAUCUCCAAACUGCAUAUGUAAGGCUUCUGAUAAAUAAUACCAACACACCAUCUGCAUCCAAUGUCACAGAUCUCAUUCUGCUGGACAAUAUUACUGGCCUCCAUGUUCAAGGAACCAGUGGUAAUAAGACUACAGAUGGGUUCCAGAUAUAUAAGAGAGGAUUCCUGCAAGUUGGAGAAUACUACUCAGUCAACUACAUUGCAUUUCUUGAUACAAAAGAAACCUGGGAUGGCAAAGUCUUGACACUGCCCGCUAAAUUGACCUUCAGCAGUUCAUCACUGAACAAAACACAGCAUAGUUUGACUGCAUCAUUCACCAUAACAGGAGAGGAAAAGACUAAGAUUUUGUACAGCCAUGGCAUCCAUGCUUCAGGAUUCUUCGUUGCUUUUGUUAUUUCUUUUGUAUUAACAUGUGUUGCGUUUUUUGCUUUUUACCAAACUAGAAGAUUAAAAUGGAGUUUCCUUAAUGAAAAACAGAUUAUGAACACGAAAAUGAAGGAGAUACGAUAUGAUCUUACUCUAGAUCACAAACUGGAGUAUUCACAGUUUAAUUCAGGAGAUCCCUUUAAUGAAGAUAUCAUUAUGAAUGACCAAAUCAUUGAGAUACUGGCCUUUGAAGACUCCAAGAACAUGCUUCAAGCUUUAGAAGACUUGAAGGUAGCAAAUCUGACUCGUGCAGAUGCUGAUCUGGAAGCAUAUCGAAUGCAGAUGUGCAAAGAGGUGAUUGCCGUGUUGAUGAAGAACAUGGUUUUCAGACACAAUCUCUCUCCUAAUGUGGAGAAAAGGAUGGGUUCAAUUCUCAAAAAGCAAUUUUUUGCAAUGGAGAAUGAAGUUCAGGAGGAGUAUGCGAGGAAGAUGGUGGCUUUAACCGCCGAAUGUAAUCUAGAGACUAGGAAGGAAAUGGAGGCUCAGCACCAACGAGAGAGAGCUGCAAAUGAUGAGGCUGAAGAAUUAAUCAAGCGACUGAAUGAGAAGGUAAAUCAGUCUGCUAUAGAAUACAGAUGUCUUCUGGAAAAAAUUCACAAACUUGAGCAGAACCACAUGAAGAGGUUCCUUUUGGUGAGGCAGGAGGAGUACUUCGCAAAAGCUUAUCGACAGCUGGCUAUUUUCCAGAGAACAGAGCUCCAUAAUGUCUUUUUUACACAGAUAAAAAAUGCCAUUUUCAAGGGAGAAUUGAAGUUAGAAGCAGCCAAAGCAUUAGUGCAGGAUUACUCUAAAAUACAGGAGGACAUUGAAGAGCUAAUGGAUUUUUUGCAGGCUAAUAAGAAGUAUCAUCUGAGUAAAAGAUUUGCUUACAGAGAGUACCUAAUAAAUAAUAUACAUUUAUGGGAUUCCCAAGCCUCUUCUCUCUUGAACACAGCAGCAAGCCAGAUAACAAGUCUCAUUAACAAGACAGAAAGAGCUGGUCAUUUGUCUGAAAAUCAUUUGGGAACACUUCUAGACCAAGCUCAGACAGAAGUUCAUUCUGUUAAACAGAAGUUGGAUCAUAAUUUAAAACAGGAAAAGCAAAGGCUUCACCAGAAACUCGUUACUAAGAGAAGACGAGAAAUGUUGCAAAAGCAGAAAGAACAAAGAAAGGAGCAGAUGUCGAUAGGAGACACUUUCAAAACCACUAAAGAGGUUAGCCACUACUUGAGCCACUGGCAAAAGCUUCUGACUGAUCAUGCUGUUGAAUUUGAAGAGCUUAUUGAAAAGCUUGAUAAUGAUGCCAGUGAAGAAAUAAAAGUGCUUAGAUUCACUUUGACAGAGAAAGCUAUUGAUGAACUUAAACGCAUUCAGUAUGGAGUAAUCACUCAAGAACUGUUAAAACUGAAUGUGCCAAAGCCAUUCCUGCAACAAAUUGUUGAGGAGCAUAAAAAGGAAAUUGCUAUUCAGACUGAACAGCUUGAAAAAGAAGAACAUGACAAAAAUAUGGCCACUGGAGAAUGGCUUGAGAAUACCAGGCAAAAACUGAGCCAAGAGCUGGAACACAGCAUUGCAGAACAAAAGAAAUUAAGGAGUUGGGAACAGUUAGUGUUCAAGAGACUUUUAAGUUUGCCCCUUUCAUUAUCUGAAGAGGAAUUGCUGAGAAUGAGGCAAGAGUUCCAUUGCUGCUAUUCUCAGAUGGACAAUAACUUAGCUUUGCCCAAGAUUCGGAAAAGAGCUUUGCUUCAGGCAUAUCAGUCGGCGUGGAGGGAAGCGGAGCUGCUGAAAGUGGAUCAGAACUCAGCAGUAUCCGACAAACAGCCACAGCCCAAUAUCAAAAAACAACGAUCCAAGAAUAGAAAUAAGAUAGAUGUUCUGAAAAAAUCUUUGGAGGAUAAAAUUCGCAUCUAUGAAGAACUGAUUACAGAUGAAAAUUUGAGCAAGGUCCAUAAUGAGUUGCUGCUUGAAAAGGAGAAUCAGUUGCAUUCUCGGGAGAAUAAACUUGGAGAGUCCAUUGCGGCUUUACAGUUCCAAAAGACUGAUAAGAAGUCCAAAACAUUGGAGAUUUACACCGCUAUCAUAAGUGUACAAGCUUUGCUUCUGGAAGAAUUGAGCACAUCAAAAAUACUAUCGGAAUCAGAGUGUACCCAAAUUUUAGAGGCACAUAAUCCUGAGAUUGAAGAACUUGACAGAAAGUUGGAAUAUGAAAUGUUACAUAAGGAGACGGCUCAGCAGCAGCACCUAUUGAAUAGGCAGAGAUGGACUCCAGAUGGAUUGGGACUUUCAGAUGAAGUUGUGGAAAUUAAUGUAGAGAGACGGGUGUCUGCUCUGCUGUGUCAGGCAUUGAAUAAGUGUAAGCAAUUAGUAAAUCUGCAUCAGCAAAGCUUACAAGAAGAGCAAUGGAAUGAUGUGGUGCUUGAAGAUCUUCUGGAGAAUAUAGAAAUGGAUACAUUUUUGGCACUUUACAGCCAGGAGCUCCGAUUGGCAACUUAUUUAACCAAACUGACAAUGGUACCGGUGGGGAUGUUGCACAGACUGCUGAACUUACUGCUGCCUUCGAGUUCACAGACUGAGCUUCUUUCUGUUCUGGAUUCAAUCAGUGACAGAUAUUCAGACAGUGUUAUGGAAAGUGACAUAAAUGUAGAGGAAGCUGACAGCUGUAGAAAGAGGAAGCACCAAGGGUCAUGGCAAGCAUUAGAAAGCAAAGUAAGGCAGGAUCUGAUAAGCAAAGGCUUGGAGAAGAUGCAUUCUGCAAACAGGAGUAAAGAAAGCCUGCUAAAGAAGAAGCAACUUGCACUCAUGGAAAGAACAUCAUUCUCACCUCUCGGAUGUUUGUCUAGACAUCCUCCUGUGGAACCUUUUGGCCAGCCUGAUUCAUUGAACACUGCUGCUGCAGAAGCCAUUGAGCUAUUAGACACAGGGGAGAAGAUAUUUUUGUUCCGUGAUGAAAGGGAUCCCAUACUUACUUUGCAUAGUUCUCCAAGAAAAAAGAAAAAGAACUUCCUAAACUCCAAGAAGACUGCAUUGGCAAACACGGGCUAAUGAGGGAGAUAGCCAUUCAGUGCAGCAAUUAGUGAGAGGAAGUUUAUUUCCAAAUAAGGAUCAUGAAAAAGGAGAAAAUCAUCUGAGUCAUUGUUAAAAAACAACUUUUGUAUAA